UCCCAACCAGGUCACAUUUCAGCCCAGCCCGCGGGCCGCCGGUCUCCGCUCACACCCGGCGGGAGGAGCGCCGAGGGAGACGGAGCGUUGGCUUCGCCAGCCGAGCGGUGGGUGGAAGGACGCUAAAUCCUGCAGAAGUCGGACCCCGGGUCGGACCCAGGCCACGAUGCGCGCCCCGGGCUGCGGGCGGCUGGCGCUGCCGCUGCUGCUCCUCGCUGCGGCCGCCUGGGCCGAAAGCGACGCCAAAGGGCUCAAGGAGGGCGAGACCCCCGGCAAUUUCAUGGAGGACGAGCAAUGGCUGUCGUCCAUCUCUCAGUACAGCGGCAAGAUCAAGGACUGGAACCGCUUCCGAGACGAGGUGGAGGAUGAUUACAUCAAGAGCUGGGAGGACAGUCAGCAAGGAGAUGAAGCCCUGGACACCACCAAGGACCCCUGCCAGAAGGUGAAGUGCAGCCGCCACAAGGUGUGCAUCGCCCAGGGUUUCCAGCGGGCCAUGUGCAUCAGCCGCAAGAAGCUGGAGCACAGGAUCAAGCAGCCUGCCCUGAAACUCCAUGCAAACAAAGAUACCGCCUGCAAGCCCUGCCACAUGGCCCAGCUGGCCUCCGUCUGCGGCUCUGACGGCCACACUUACAGCUCCGUGUGUAAGCUGGAGCAGCAGGCCUGCCUGAGCAGCAAGCAGCUGGCCGUGAGAUGUGAGGGCCCCUGCCCCUGCCCCACGGAGCAGGCCACCAGCUCCACCACGGAUGGCAAAGCAGAGACCUGCACGGGUCAGGACCUGGCCGACCUGGGGGAUCGUCUGCGGGACUGGUUCCAGCUCCUCCAUGAGAACUCCAAGCAGAAUGGCUCAGCCAGCAGCGGAGGCGGCCCGGCCAGUGGCCUGGACAAGGUCCUGGGGGCCAGCUGCAAGGACUCCAUCGGCUGGAUGUUCUCCAAGCUGGACACCAGUGCCGACCUCUUCCUGGACCAGAUGGAGCUGGCUGCCAUCAACCUGGACAAGUACGAGGUCUGCAUCCGCCCUUUCUUCAACUCCUGCGACACCUACAAGGACGGCCGUGUCUCCACCGCCGAGUGGUGCCUCUGCUUCUGGCGGGAAAAGCCCCCCUGCCUGGCGGAGCUGGAGCGCAUCCAGAUCCAGGAGGCCGCCAAGAAGAAGCCAGGAGUCUUCAUCCCGAGCUGCGACGAGGACGGCUACUACCGCAAGAUGCAGUGCGACCGGAGCGGGGGCGACUGCUGGUGUGUGGACCAGCUGGGCCUGGAGCUGACCGGCACCCGCACGCACGGCAGCCCCGACUGUGAUGACAUCGUGGGCUUCUCGGGGGACUUUGGGAGCGGUGUCGGCUGGGAGGACGAGGAGGAGAAGGAGCCGGAGGAGGCCGGCGAGGAGGCGGAGGCUGAGGAGGAGGAGGGCGAGGCGGGCGAGGCCGACGACGGAGGCUACAUCUGGUAGAUGGCCCGCGGGCCGCGGCGGGGACAGGCAGAGACCGGGACACAGCAGGCGGCCUACGAACGGAUCCGGGAAGUACAGUGGGGAGGACCCUGGCUCCACCUGGAGGACUGGAAGUGUGAGUGUGCAUGGCACGCGUGUGGCCCAGACGUAAGAAUGCCUGUGCGUGUGUGUGUGUGUGUGUGUGUGUGUGUGUGUGUGUGUAGCAUGUGCUGACAAACGCGUCCUUGGUCCACACUGCUCCUGGGGACCAAACACCCUUUGGCCUCCUUGUUGUUCUUUUCGUUCCAUUUGUUGUUGGUUUUAAAACAUACCCGUUCACACACAUAUACCCACUGGAAGGUCAACAUUGGUGAAAUGGGAUGCCCCACUAGCCACGUCCCCUGGCCGCACCCAGGCCUGCCUGGCACCCUGGUCCUGAUUGGCCACCCUCAGCCGGCCAGCCCUGACUCCUCCUGCCCCUGCCUGCCCUUCUCCCUCCCCGCUUGGGGGUCAAGCUCUAGCCUGCUGGCAGGUCCCCACUGCAGAGGGGAGGGCGGGCAAGAAGCUGUCUGCGGGCUGGGGUCUUCCCAAAGCUCGGCCAGUGUGGCCGUGACCGCCCCGCCAGCCUCAGGCCCCCCAGCACCCAGGCCCUUUCCCUCUGCGGGGCGGGGCGGGGCAGGGCGUGCAGCGGAGCGGGUGGCCGGCGGGAGAGGCACCGCUGCAGGUCCAGGCAGAGCUCUCAGGAGCACAGACAGGGCAGCCCUGACAGCCAGACCAGACCCCCAGCCUCUCUCUGUGGCUCCGGUGGGGCGUUCCCUGAGAGCCGUGGGUGGUUAUAUAGUGAGCGCUGCCUGGCCGCGUGGGGGGCACCUGCUCCUGUCCGCCUUGCUGGGCCCCCGGUCCACUCUGGGAGCCUGAGGACCAGGCAGCGGUGAAGAGCCUGGGUGUCUGUUGCACCCAGCUCCUCCCUGACCCCUCAGUGAUGCUCCCUCCCACACAGACCAAUAGGAAGGGCUGCCCCUGAGCCCCUGUGAGGGGAGCCGUGGAAACCGGCAGCCUUCCUGCCCGAGACCAUGACCUUUUCCCACCUCCCUCCCGGGGCGGCGCUUCUGUGCCUGGGCCACUUCCUGCCCCCCGCCUCGCAGCCCCGAGGCUCCUGUGUCCCCUCUGAGGGCCCCACGGCUGCUCUGGGGAGGGGCUUCCCCACGCUCUGAAAUCCAGUGGGGAGGGACGCGCCAGCCAGGCACUGAGGCCACGCCUCGCGGUCCCCCAAAUCUCUCUACCAGGAGGGAGCCAGGGUGGAGGAGAAGGUGCCCUGCUCCCCGCCAGCCUGCCCAGUUCUCCCUGCUGAAGCGAAUCCCUCACACCAUUGGGGAAGCAUUUCCCACCCAGAGGGGGCCUCUGAUGCUGUUCGGUGUGUGGUGAGGGCAGUGUGAGCGUGUGUGUGUGUGUGUGUGUGUGUGUGUGUGU